GAAGAAGAGAAGAAGAAAUCCAGGGAGGAAGGAAACCUUUUCAUUUCGCUCUCAUCUCUUUCUCUCUCCUCCUCACACCGCUCUGCGUACUGCUCAUCUUCCUUCUUCUCCACUUCAGUCGAGGCGAGUGUUUCAUUCGUUCAGAUCUCUCUCUCUCUCUCUCUCUCUUAAAACCCUUACUGCGAGAGCUUCAGCUCUCACUCUCACAGCGCUCUCUCUCUCUCUUUCCCUCUCCGCGUGUGAGGAAUUGAGCUCAUCGCAUCCAUGGCUUCUCCGGGGGCAACCCAGAACCAGUCGUCUCCGGCGCCGGUCCCUUCCUUCGACAUGCAUAAGUUCUUCAACCACCCGACCCCUCAGCCACCCCAGUUCCCACCUUACCCUACGCCCUCCUCCUCUUAUCCUCCGCCCACCGCCACCUUCCCUUUCCCCCCUCAGCUCCACCCCCACCCUCACCAAAUCCACCCCCCUCCGCCGUCGCCCCCUCCUCCGUUGGCCGCCCCCGAGGACCCCCUCUCCCAGCUCCUCAUCCAGCGGUCCCUCUCCUUCCCCACUCCCCCGCUAAACCCUAACCCUAACCCAAAUGCGAACUCCAACGCCAACGCCAAUGCCGGGGCCCGCCUCAUGGCCCUACUUGGCACCCCUCAGCCGCCUCCUCCCGCCGCUUCAUCCUCCCCUCGUGCCCUGUCCCCGUCCCCGCCCCCGCCCUUGGGCCCCGCCCGACUGCCGAGCAGCAAGGUCCCGAGAGGGCGGCACCUGAUGGGGGACCACGUUAUGUACGACGUGGACGUCCGGGUUCCCGGGGAAGUUCAGCCCCAGCUCGAGGUCACGCCCAUCACCAAGUACGGGUCCGACCCUCAGCUCAUGCUGGGGCGGCAGAUUGCGGUGAAUAAGUCGUACAUUUGCUACGGUUUGAAGCAGGGGAACAUUCGGGUCCUUAACAUGAACACCGCCUCCAGGUCCUUGUUACGCGGCCACACUCAGAGAAUCACAGACAUGACUUUUUUCGCUGAGGAUGUUCACCUCUUGGCGAGCGCCAGCACAGAUGGAAGGAUCUGUGUGUGGAAAAUUUCGGAGGGUCUAGAAGAGGAUGACAAGCCACAAAUUAGUGGAAACGCGGUUAUCGCCAUUCAAGUCAUAGGAGGAGAAGAGGAUGAAUCUGUACAUCCGCGAGUUUGUUGGCAUUGUCACAAACAAGAAAUUCUAGUAGUUGGAAUUGGAAGGCGUGUCCUGCGGAUUGAUACUAUAAAAGCAGGGAAGAGUGAUGUUUUCUCUGCUGAGGAACCGCUACUUUGUGCUGUUGACAAACUGAUCAGUGGGGUUCAGCUCGUUGGUCUACAUGAUGGAGUAGUUACUGAUCUAUCAAUGUGUCAGUGGAUGACCUCUCGUUUAGUUUCAUCAUCUACCGAUGGCACUAUAAAGAUUUGGGAAGAUCAGAAGGCCCAACCACUUUUUGUCCUGAAACCGCACGAAGGCCUUCCUGUUAAUUCAGCCACCUUUUUGACUUCUCCCAAUAGGCCUGACCAUAUCGUACUUAUAACAGCGGGACCAUUGAAUCAGGAAGUCAAGGUUUGGGCUUCGGCAAGCGAAGAAGGUUGGCUGUUGCCAAGUGAUGCUGAAUCAUGGAAAUGCACCCAAACCUUGGAAUUGAGAAGUUCAUCUGAAGCUCAAACUGAGGAUGCAUUCUUUAAUCAAGUCCUUGUAUUGUCUCAAGCAGGCCUCCUUUUGCUUGCAAAUGCUAAGAAGAAUGCUAUAUAUGCCGUGCACUUGGAAUAUGGUCCAAAUCCAGCCUCCACUCGCAUGGACUAUUUAGCAGAAUUUACUGUUACAAUGCCCAUAUUAAGUUUUACUGGGACAACUGAUAUAUCACCUUUUGGCGAGCAGAUUGUCCAGGUUUAUUGUGUCCAGACACAGGCGAUUCAGCAGUAUGCUUUGGAUCUUUUCUUGUGCAUGCCGCCAUCACUGGAGAAUGCCGGUUUGGAAAAGUCAGAUUCCAUGGCCCCUUGUGAUGUAACUAACAUUGAAGGAUCAGCAGCUGUAGACUCUUCCCAAAUGAAACCAAAUGGCAUAUCCUCAACUGGUUCAGCUACUAACUUUAGUGAAAAAAUUGUGUCCUCAGAUGCAGCACAUGCUGCGAGUUACCCUGUCUCUGCUGCUACCGAGGUUUUGGGUACACGGCAAAUAACCAUACUGAAUACAGAACCUCGGACCUCUGCCAUGGGGCGGGCAGUCAGUGACACAAAUAUUGUAUCAACUGCAUCGCCGCCGCCGCUUCCGCUGAGUCCUAGGUUGUCCAGGCAAGCUUCUGGUCUUAGAAGUCCGAGUACUUUCGAGCCAGCCUUCCUUUUAAGUGAUCACAGUCGGAACCAAGCGAUAACUGACUUUUCGGUUCAAAGGGUUUCCAGCGGAGACAUGUCUCAUGGACCUUCAUCAGAUAAUGGUUUGAGGAGCAGGGACGAUAAAGUUUCAGAGGAAGAGACACAUAGUUUGCGCAAUCCUCCAGCUGCCUUUAAGCAUCCAACUCAUUUAAUUACACCUUCAGAGAUUUUAGGGGCUGCUCCAUCUUCAGGAACAAAUGAUAUUAUGAGAGGGAAGAGUGACGUAGAGAAGAGCAUUCAAGAUGUAGGCGUUAACAAUGAAGUAUGCAAUGUUGAGGUGGAGGUUAAAGUUGUUCCAGAUGGAUCUUCUCGAAGAGAGAAAUUCUCUCCCGAGGAGUCUCGGGAGUCCAUUGCUGAUAAUAAUGAGAAAUUCUUCUGCUCCCAGGCUUCAGAUCUUGGCAAUCAAAUAGCCAGAGAAUGCCUUGCAGGAUCUUCGGCGGGACAAAGUCAGCAAACUAAUGAUGCUGAAGUUACAGAACGAUCAACCCAACUUCCUUGUUCAGAUGAAGUCAAUGCCUCUUCAAAUGUGACUGAAGAAGUUUCUUAUCAAACUGUUACUUCGCAAGCGCUGGCAUCGGCUACUGCUAAAAUUAAGAGGCAGAAGGGGAAAAACACUCAAGCAAUGGCACCUUCACCGUCCCCGAGUACCUUUAAUUCAGCUGAUUCUUCUAGUGAGGCCGUCAUCAGUUCGAGUCUUCAUUCUAUUGAAGCUGCUGUCCCUCAAAUUAUGCACGAGAAGCUUAAUCAGAUAAUGGCUAUGCAAAAAGAAAUGAAAAAACAGAUGACUGCUACUAUUAAUGUCCCUGUCACAAAAGAGGGCAGAAGACUAGAGACUUCCCUUGCACGGACCAUGGAGAAAAUUGUCAAGGCAAAUAGUGAUGCUUUGUGGGCUCGUUUUCAAGAAGAGAAUGUUAAAAACGAGAAGCUACUGCAGGAUCGGGUACAGCAGAUAAUUAAUGUUCUGGGCAAUCUCAUCAACAAGGACUUGCCUGCCACUAUAGAGAGAAUAGUGAAAAGGGAAGUUGCUGCAGUUCAAACAAAUGUUCUUCGUGCCAUUACACCAGCUAUUGAGAAGACAAUAGUUUCAGCUAUUACAGAAUCCUUCCAGAAAGGGGUAGGUGAUAAGGCCAUCAAUCAGCUUGAGAAAUCCGUCAACUCUAAACUGGAAGCUUCAGUUGCUAGGCAAAUCGUAGCACAGUUCCAAACAUCUGGAAGGCAAGCGCUUCAGGAUGCUGUGAAGUCUAGUAUGGUAACUUCCAUGGUCCCUGCCUUUGAGAAGUCAUGCAGAGCCAUGUUUGAGCAGAUAGAUGCUACAUUUCAGAGAGGAAUGACCGAACAUACUUCCGCAGCUAUGCAGCAUGUAGAGAAUGCUAACUCUCCGCUUACGCAUGCUUUAAGGGAUGUGAUUAAUUCAGCUUCGUCAAUGACCCACACACUGAAUGGAGAACUGGCAGAAGCUCAGAGAAAGCUUGUAUGUCUUGCAGUUGGUGGAGCAAAUCCAAGUGCCAUAAGCCCAUUACUUACCCAACCGAGCAGUGGGCCUUUGGGUAAACUACAUGAAAAGCAGGUUGACAUUCCCAUUGAUCCAAGAAAAGAACUGUCAAGAUUAAUAUCCGAGUGCAAGUAUGAGGAAGCAUUUGCCUCAUCCCUGCAGAGAAGUGAUGUCUCAAUUGUCUCCUGGUUAUGCUCUCAGGUGGAUCUACGAGCUGUGCUCGGAAUGGCCCCUCUACCGCUGAGCCAAGGAGUGCUCCUCUCCCUCCUCCAGCAGCUGGCCUGCGACAUCAACAACGACCCACCCAGGAAGCUCUCGUGGAUGACCGACGUGGCUGGAGUCAUAAACCCAUCGGACCCAAUUAUCGCGGUUCACGUACGGCCCAUCUUCGAGCAGGUCUACCAGAUACUGAACCACCAGCGGUCUGUGCCCACUCUGGGUGGAUCUGAGCUCUCGACAGUCCGGCUCCUCAUGCAUGUUAUCAACUCAAUGAUCAUGACCUGUAAGUAAGUGAUCAAUAUCCAACCCGGGGACAUAAGACGACGAGUACGGCUACGAAUUAUGAAAAUUUCAAGGAGGGUUUUACUCAAAAGAGUUAGGGACCUGUACAGAGAUAUAGCAGAAAGUUACUAGCUUUUGUAAAGUUAGUAGUAGUUUUUAUUCGUGGAGUGGAGUUGCCUUGAGAUGUUAAUCUCAGUUUUCCUUUUUUUUUUUUUUUUUUUUUUUUUUUACUCAUUCCCUAUUAUGGGGCAAAAGAAGUGUCCAGGAAUAUAGUUCAGACAUCAGGGGCUCAUUUGCCGUAUCAAAGAGCUGUUUCUUUGCACUCGACAAACAUUGGACACAUGCGAGGAGUUGCUAUCGCUCUCCGAUUCGGUUCAGGCUUGGUCGUGGCAGCAUGUGGUUACGAUUAAGGGAUUCAUGUAACAUUUGACGAUGCGUGUAGACAUUUCAACCCCUUUUUAACAGUUGUUGAAGCAUAUGGCUGUAUUUAGUAUCUUAAUUAAGAAUAAGCUCCAGAUUCAGAAGA